AUGGCCAUCUUUGGUCUUAGGUCCCGCAAGUCCACUUCCUCCACCGCCUCUAGUUACAACAAGCACGCAUCGGACUCAGUCCCCCCUAAUCGUACCUCGGAAGCUGCCGACGCCAUCGGAGACACCCCCGAAUUCGGCCAAAUAUCCAGCCAUCGCCGUACCGGCCUCAACGCUUCCGAUUCCUCCUCUCUCCUCUCGCGCAACUCGUCCAGCAUGAAAAAGUUCUUUGGCAGCACACGUAGAAAGGGCGCUCAGAGCGUUGACGGCGGCUCGCCCGCACAGGCCCACAAGAACUCGCCUGAAUCGGAUUACUUCAACAAUGCCAACACCAAGCGUGCCAGCCACACCAGCCUCAACAAGACUACUACCGCAACAAGCCCAGCGCCCGUGAUCACACCAUCGGCCAUCGCUCCGUCGCUCAGCAGUCCUGCUGGACCUGGCGGCAAUUUUGCAGAAGCCGUUGGUCGUGACGUAUCCGGCGGUCUCGCUCCAUCUCCUGCCGUACCUGCCGGACCACGCCCAUCCGAACUCUUUGCUGGUAAAGGCGUGCAAUGGAAUCAGAUCGAUCUCACCUCUCGCGACAUCACCAAGCCCACCGACGCUGCCUCUACGACCGUAGAUAUGCAGAAAUUCCUCAAGGAGAGGCGUCAGUGGAUUCCUACUUUCAAGGACUCGGACACGGUCGACGAAACCUCGGUUGAGCUGCCCAAGUCGCUCGACCAGUUCGCGUUCGCCACUCCUGCUGAGGUCUCCAAAUCUUCAGCCGGACUCAAGAGCCUCAAGGACCUCGAGGACACUCACAAGAGGAAAGCUGCUCUGCUGAACGAAGCGCCCCUCUCCAGCUCUGCGAGCGGCACCAUCUUCGAAGAAGCAGGUCCUAGCAGUGGAUCGAGGUACGCUGCUGAUGCUGCUGCCACUGCCGGGUCUAAGUCGCCGACUCAGGCGCUUCCGCCAGCCCCCGCUCAACCUUCUCGGAACCAGUCUUUCCGUACUUCCUCCUUCGCCGCUGCAACCGAUGCGGCGUCCACCCGCAAAUCAAACAGUCUCAACCGCAAGCCACCUCCCACCCUCGGCGUCAACGGCGGCGGUGCUGCUCCGGCCACGUCCUCUCGUGACAUUCCUCAGCGCAGAAGUUCGGUGCGAAAGGAGCUGUCAGAACUGGCUCUGGGUGACGCUUCCGAGACGCCGACAGAGGCGAUCCCAUCGGCUGCUACCGUUGAUGCAACUGCCAGUGCCACCGAAUCGCCUCGUCCCGCCAAUGGAAGAGUAGACCAGAUCAAAGAGCAGGCUGGUGCCUCAGACCCACAACCACCAGCAGCAGCAGCCGCAGCGAGACCUGGAACGGCGGCGUCGACGCGCAGCGUGGCACCCUCCAUGGAGACGGCUGGGUUCGUUACACCCACUGGAACCCAAUCGCAAGACGGCGACCAUGCCCAAGUGAUUCAGAACACACUGGCACGUCCAGAGCAGCCUGCGACUCCAACAGGUCUAGCUCAGGAAUUCACGCAUGACUCGUCUUCCACCGUCAUCGCACCAACCAGUCCACCUCGUCCACCCAAAAACGGACAGCGACCUCCUUCGCGACAGAACAGCCAAGAGCCCAUCCGCAGCGGUCUUGCCAAGUCGUCCAGCACGACCUUUGCUCGUCCUGAGGCAACACAGUCGGCCGGAAACGAACUCGUCGAGAAAGCUGCCCAAGCGGCACCAGCCUUGCAGAACAUCUUGCCGGGUACUGGUGCCGCCACUCGUCCUGAUGCCUGA